AUGAUAAUUAAUGAAAACCAUGAUCACAAUUAUGAAAUAUCUAUUUGUAAAAAGAUUAUUUCAAGCAAUACAAAAAAUUUCGUCAUAUCACCAUUGAGCGCAGCCCUAGUACUCAUGAUGGCAGCUUGUGGUGCGGGUGGUGAAAAUGCUGAAGAAAUGAAGUCUGUAUUACAUUUUGAUCCUGAUAAUUCCGUUCAUAGAACGGGCAUAUAUUCCAUGAUCGAAAUGUUUAAUGCCAUUCAAGCAUCAGAAGUUAAAUUGGCAAAUAAAAUGUAUAUCGCCAAAGAUAUAGAAAUCGACCCUGACUAUAUAAACUUAAUUAAGACGACUUUUAAUUCUUCGAUUGAAAAUAUUGAAUUUAAAAAUUCUGCUGAAACGGCUCAAGCAAUCAAUCAAUGGUGUGCAGAACAAACUCACCAACGUAUUGAAGAAAUUAUCGACCCUGGUAAUAAUCAUCCAUAUGAAUACCUGAUGAACAUGAUCGUUAUAUUGCCAAACGAAAUUGAUGGACUUGACAUUAUUGAAAAUAAUCUUGAGAAAAUGGAACCAAGCGCUGUCAAAGGCACACCAUAUCAAGUGAGAUUGUUCUUACCAAAAUUCAAAAUAGAAAACCAAUUCGAUUUGAAAAUACCGCUCAACCAAAUGGGAAUUUGGUUACUCCAUUUCAAGACAAUGCUAACUUUUCUAGAAUGA